AUGGCGAAUCCUUGGUGGGUUGGGAAUGUGGGAAUGAGACACACGGAAGCUAUGUCAUCAUCAUCAUCUCCAUUACUUCAUCUGAGAAGAGAACAAGAAUUCAUAGACAACAACAACACAAUCGCUACACCAACUAAUAGCAGCAACAGCAACACUAACAACGCAAACACCAACAACACAACAGAGGAUGAUGAGAGCCGAGACAACGACGGUGGUGGUGGUGGUGAUCAGAACAACGCAGGUGGUGGUGGUGAGGCGGCGGAGCCAGGUAGCAGCCGCCGCAGGCCACGUGGCCGGCCACCGGGUUCCAAGAACAAGCCAAAACCACCCAUUGUUAUAACCAAGGAAAGCCCCAACGUGCUGCGAAGCCACGUGUUGGAAAUCAGCAGCGGCAGUGACGUCACCGACAGCAUCGCCGCCUUCGCUAACCGCCGCCACCGUGGGGUUUCGGUGCUGAGUGGGAGUGGCAUUGUGACCAAUGUAACCCUUCGGCAACCGACUGCUCCUGGUGGGGUUAUCACUCUUCAGGGAAGGUUUGAGAUAUUGUCUCUCUCCGGUGCUUUUUUGCCUUCUCCUUCGCCACCAGGAGCCACCGGUCUUGCUGUUUAUCUGGCCGGUGGUCAAGGGCAGGUUGUCGGUGGUGCCGUCGUGGGUUCAUUGGUGGCUUCUGGACCUGUGAUGGUGAUUGCAGCUACUUUUGCUAAUGCUACUUAUGAGAGGUUGCCACUAGAGGAUGAACAAGAAGCUGAGGAGGUAAUGCAAGUGCAGCAACAACAAUCAGCAACAAGUCCUGUUGAACGAGUUUUGGGUGAACAAGGUUCAAUGCCAAUGUAUAAUUUGCCUACAAAUUUGUUACACAAUGGUCAAAUGCCUCAUGAUGUGUUCUGGGGACCUCCACCUCGUCCUCCUCCACCUUCUUUCUGA